GGCUGCCGGGAGCUGGCUGGGCUGAGGGCCGCGGGGCCGGCGUCCGGCGUGAGGAAUGGGGCCGCCCGCCGCGUAGGGGCCAUGCCGCCCGGGCCCCGGGCCUGCCCCGUUCCGCGCCCCGGCCGCCGCGCCCCGCGUCCGCGCCGGCAUGGUGAACCUGGCGGCCAUGGUGUGGCGCCGGCUCCUGCGGAAGCGGUGGGUGCUCGCCCUGGUCUUCGGGCUCUCACUCGUCUACUUCCUCACCAGCACCUUCAAGCAGGAGGAGAGGGCAGUGAGGGAUCGGAAUCUCCUCCAGGUUCAAGACCACGAUCAGCCCAUUCUGUGGAAAGUGCAGUUUAACUUGGGCAAUAGCAGUCGGCCCAGCAACCAGUGCCGGAACUCCAUCCAAGGGAAGCACCUCAUCACCGACGACCUAGGAUACGUUUGUGAAAGGAAGGACUUGCUGGUCAAUGGCUGCUGUAAUGUCAACGUCGCGGGCACCAGGCAGUAUUGCUGUGAUGGCUGCUUGUCCAACGGCUGCUGCAGCGCCUACGAGCACUGCGUUUCCUGCUGCCUGCAGCCCAAUAAGCAACUUCUCCUGGAGCGCUUUCUCAACCGGGCAGCUGUGGCAUUCCAGAACCUCUUCAUGGCAGUGGAGGACCACUUUGAAUUGUGCUUGGCUAAAUGCAGGACCUCAUCCCAGCAUCUUCAGGAGUGGGCCCUGCACACCGUAUGCUGACAUCUGAAACUGUCUGAGACCUCAGAGAUACUGUUCCAUUCUAUUCCAGCGCCAGGUUUCCAGCAGCUGCCACCGCGUGCUCGCAGGUUUUUUUCUAGGUGUUUCUGGGGCACGUGUGUGCCUGUGGCAAGCAUCGUCUUAACCUGAGAGUCUGACUAACUGGUCCGCUGGAUUUUGUUCUCAUUUCCUAAGAAGUGGCCGGUCGUCUUGGCUGUGGUCCAGGCAGAGCCUCAGGAAAAUCCCCGCAUCCGCCUCCUCCCCAGUCACGGAAACCCUGUGUUAAGGCGAUUGCUUCGUGGAGAUACAUCCACACCUGGCCGGAGCAGGCGUCCUUUAUUGCUUUCAGCUCCAUGAGAUGUAACAGGUACAGACAUCCAGGUCCCCCAUGAUUCCCAAAGAAGGAGAAUAAAACCCAAGUUGCUAGGAAGGAGCUGGGAGAGACUCACAUCCGCCCUCAGUGGGGCGAGGGAGUGAAUGCAGGGCAUGCGGUGGCAGGGCCACACGCUCCAGGGGUGCCUGUGCUUCUAGAACAACACUACCCCUCGCUGGCCUCGGCUGGGCGUGUUCGGUGCUCAGAUCACAACAGCCCCUGGAGGAGGAUCUCUCUUCGCUCUUGGGAGUUCCGUUAACGCACAGCUCUUUCCGGAGUCACACACCCCCAGAUUGGGCAGGGUUUUUUCAUUUUAUUGGUUCAAGUUGUUGACCUUGGAGCAGAGCGCUAGUUUUAUAAUCUGCUUUUGACUUCUUUUUUUUCCUUUCUUUUUCUUUUUCUUUGGGCCUUGUUUGCCUUCAGUAUGUUUCUGCUAUAUGUAGUGGCCAUGUCCCUUCACUCCUUCCUAUUACUUCUUAUACGUAUCUUCCCAAAGUGGCUUGUCCUGAUGAAUAUGUUUUCUUUGAGGGUAAA